GAAUCAAAUAAUGUUUAGUAGAGCAUCGGAAGCAACAAUGCGUCACUUCCUGUAAGAAAUGGCGGAUAUCUAGAGCUAAAACAACAUAGGACGCGGCCAUCAGUUUUUGGGGGAGACGAUUCCAGACGACAGUGAGCACUGUUUGGUACAACCAUGGCACCACCUUGCCCCCUUAAAUUACCCGGGCCUGUGAGCCUCUCGCGUCCCCCGCAGGACGAAGAGGUGCCGCCUUUAUUUGCGAGCAAAGUUUGUAAUCCACAGAACCCAAAUUACCGGAUUCGCCAAGGACCCGGCGAGCGGCUUCAUGACCUUCAGUUGAGAAAACAUGAGUUCCCGUGAGGAAACCUAAUCAUUCAUUCAUUGACUUAUUAAACAUGCCAAUAGUUUUGUUCAUGGGAUGGACGGAAGCUAUUCAGGGGACUCGUUCUUUAUGGGGUGGAAUCAAUCAUUAAACAUUGUCAGCUGGGAAACAGGUCGUGCAUUGCUCCCACCGAUGCGAAAAUUGCCCGGGUGGAAUGUAGUCAUCAAAUGUUCGGGUGGCAUUUAGUUAACACACGUCACGGUGGCAUUCAGUUAUUAAAUGCUGUGGUGGUAUUAAGUUAUCAAAUGCCAAGGUGGCAUUUAAUUAGCAAAUGUCAUGGUGGCGUGUAGUUAACAAUGUCAUGGUAGCAUUAGUCCUCAAAUAUAAGGGUGGCAUUUAGUCAUUAAAUGCCUGAGUGACAUUUACACAUGAAAUGUCCGAAUGACAUAUCACCAGGACCAUAUUUCUGUGUGUCACAGAUCAAAUAUUUAGAAAAUAAUUUUGUUUCGGAAUAAUGUAUUGUUUUUAUAAGUUAGAACGAACAGGAAGUUAAUUAAGGUGUGUCAUGCGCAGAAGUGUAGAAGAACAGAAGUAAAAUAGAGGAAUAGGACUAUGCGUUAAAUAGAAGAUAGGCUCUUGCCUAUCGGAAUACUUAUUCAACAGAUCUGUGUGAAAGUCAUUUGUGAAGUAAAUAAACAACGUCAAUUAUAUUUUACUCCAGAUGCAUUUCAUGUGGUGUAAACUAUAUAUAAUAAAUGGUUUAUGAUGCUAAAUCAAUGGAAUUCCUCUCGUGCCUUGUGAACGUGAAUAAUUAACACUGCAACCAUAUGUACAAGUAACAUCAUCAUCACCCAAUGAUCGUUACACUGUGAAAUAAGAUGUCUAAUGUGAUAUUGCUGAUGGCAUUUCAGACCCCAUGUAGAGGACAGGUUGCCACUGACCAGCUCCCAGUGUCUGGACUGCACUAAACCCUUCUAUAACUAUUACUUCGGGGCCCCAGCUGAUUACAGGGACCCACCGCCCACUUCGUUCCCACCGUGUUGGAGUUGGUCAAAGCAGCAGGUCGCUGAUUGGCUGGUGGACGUUGGGUAUGGCAGGUAAAUACUAGCACUGAUUGGGUGGCACGCUGGUUAUGCCAUGUAAACACUAGCACCGAUUGGCUGGCACGUUGGUUAGGUCAUUUAAAUACUAGCACUGAUUGGCUGGUGGACGUUGGUUACGCAGGUAAAUACCAGCACUGAUUGGUUGACAAGAAAUCCUUUCAAUUUGUAUAUUGUGUUAUUGAAUGCGGAGAAUUUACGCACCACGUUCGUAAUUUUAGAAUCUUGAAAUGAAAGGAUCUACUCUGACGUCACGUGUCCAUCAAGAAACCUACUUCCUGUUUAAUAAUGAACUUGUUUCAGAAACCAAAGAAAACGAAAUGAUAUAUUUUUUUUUUUUUAAAUUUAGCGGCACUUUUUCUAAUUAUAGAUCCAGACGGGGCUGACGUAGGCGGAAAUAAUCCUAUAAUCAAAGUAUACUUUAAUCUUUAAAUCAGACUCAUGUUUUCAUAUGAUUUUGAGCAAAAAUUAUGAAAACUCAAUUUUUAAAUGAAUUAUCAACUCUAAUAAAAUGUUUAGGUACAGAGACAUGUUUAUCAAGCUCAACAUUGAUGGUCAAAGACUAGCGAAAAUAGAUGCCCAAGAUUUACGCCGCAUGGGAGUGAAGUUGUGGACAGACUGUAUCGGGCUGGUCAGUGCAGCCAAAGAGUUCACAGGGCGGUGAGUGCUAUGUAGAUGUUUAACUAGCCAAAAUGUGGACACAUAACUAACUAAAAUGUGGACAUAUAACGAACCAAUAUGUAAACAUUUAACUAACCAAUAUGUGGACAUAUAACUAGCCUAUGUGAAGACAUUUAACUAACCAAUAUGUAGACAUUUAACUAGCCAAUACGUAGACAUUUAACUAGCCAAAAUGUGGACAUAUAACUAGCCAAUAUGUAGACAUUUAACUAACCAAUACGUAGACAUUUAACUAGCCAAUACGUAGACAUUUAACUAGCCAAUAUGUAGACAUAUAACUAGCCAAUACGUAGACAUUUAACUAGCCAAUACGUAGACAUUUAACUAGCCAAUACGCAGAAGUUUAACUAACCAAUAUUUAGAUGUUUAACUGACCGAUAUGUAGACAUUUAACUGACCAAUUUGGCGUCCUAGUAAAGACAUUUUUAUAUCUAAUGUUUAAUUGUAUCAGAGCCGUUCUUAGGAGUUUGGGGGCCCCAAGCAUGGAGCGUAGGUUGGGGGCCCCGGAAGGAGGAGGGUCCGGGGGUGGAGCUACCUCGAGCUGAGGGGAAAACACCGCCCACCACUGCGGCACCUUCAUUCUGCCUUCAUCAAUGUUGCCUCUUUCCAAUUCCCAUGGCCAAGCCCCCGACUUCCUGUCUUCCACCCACAAAGCCCCCCCCUUCCCCCCCCUUGCUGCUUCCCUUCCCCUGCCUCCGAAUUCAACUCAGAACGAUACAUUUCAGGAUGAGGAAGGUCACGUGAGUGCCACAGACGGCUGCAGUGCUAGUUUAAAAAAAAAACCGGGGGAUCGAGAGCCCCUCACGUUCAGGGCCACACGCGGAUGCGUAGUCAGCGUAUGCCUAAGAACGGGCCUCAUUGUAUAAAGACCCGAGUGUCAUGUGUUUGACUUGUAUAGGAAUGAAGACCCGGUAGAUGAUAAUGAUGAUGAGGAUGGAUGGGUUAGGAGAUGACUAGGAAGGUUGAAGAUUGUUUCAUGUGAGCUAACACCGGGAAUAUUGUCAUCAUGGGAGAUGACUAUGAUAUAUGGAUCUUUUUCCAAGUGUAACAAAAAAAAAAAAAAGAGUUAACUCUUCAUUUUCUAUAACCAAUAGGCCUAUAGACAGUCUUCUACACCCUACCUGCCGGCCUAUAGACAGUCUUCUACACCCUACCUGCCAGCCUAUAGACAGUCUUCUACACCCUACCUGCCAGCCUAUAGACAGUCUUCUACACCCUACCUGCCGGCCUAUAGACAGUCUUCUACACCCUACCUGCCGGCCUAUAGACAGUCUUCUACACCCUACCUGCCGGCCUAUAGACAGUCUUCUACACCCUACCUGCCGGCCUAUAGACAGUCUUCUACACCCUACCUGCCGGCCUAUAGACAGUCUUCUACACCCUACCUGCCGGCCUAUAGACAGUCUUCUACACCCUACCUGCCGGCCUAUAGACAGUCUUCUACACCCUACCUGCCGGCCUAUAGACAGUCUUCUACACCCUACCUGCCGGCCUAUAGACAGUCUUCUACACCCUACCUGCCGGCCUAUAGACAGUCUUCUACACCCUACCUGCCGGCCUAUAGACAGUCUUCUACACCCUACCUGCCGGCCUAUAGACAGUCUUCUACACCCUACCUGCCGGCCUAUAGACAGUCUUCUACACCCUACCUGCCGGCCUAUAGACAGUCUUCUACACCCUACCUGCCGGCCUAUAGACAGUCUUCUACACCCUACCUGCCGGCCUAUAGACAGUCUUCUACACCCUACCUGCCGGCCUAUAGACAGUCUUCUACACCCUACCUGCCGGCCUAUAGACAGUCUUCUACACCCUACCUGCCGGCCUAUAGACAGUCUUCUACACCCUACCUGCCGGCCUAUAGACAGUCUUCUACACCCUACCUGCCGGCCUAUAGACAGUCUUCUACACCCUACCUGCCGGCCUAUAGACAGUCUUCUACACCCUACCUGCCGGCCUAUAGACAGUCUUCUACACCCUACCUGCCGGCCUAUAGACAGUCUUCUACACCCUACCUGCCGGCCUAUAGACAGUCUUCUACACCCUACCUGCCAGCCUAUAGACAGUCUUCUAUACCUUACCUACCGGCCUAUAGACAGUCUUCUACACCCUACCUGCCAGCCUAUAGACAGUCUUCUAUACCCUACCUGCCGGCCUAUAGACAGUCUUCUACACCCUACCUGCCGGCCUAUAGACAGUCUUCUAUACCCUACCUGCCGGCCUAUAGACAGUCUUCUACACCCUACCUGCCAGCCUAUAGACAGUCUUCUAUACCCUACCUGCCAGCCUAUAGACAAUCUUCUACACCCUACCUGCCAGCCUAUAGACAGUCUUCUACACCCUACCUGCCAGCCUAUAGACAAUCUUCUACACCCUACCUGCCAGCCUAUAGACAGUCUUCUACACCCUACCUGCCGGCCUAUAGACAGUCUUCUACACCCUACCUGCCGGCCUAUAGACAGUCUUCUACACCCUACCUGCCACCCUAUAGACAGUCUUCUACACCCUACCUGCCAGCCUAUAGACAGUCUUCUACACCCUACCUGCCGGCCUAUAGACAGUCUUCUACACCUUACCUGCCGGCCUAUAGACAGUCUUCUACACCUUACCUGCCGGCCUAUAGACAGUCUUCUACACCUUACCUGCCGGCCUAUAGACAGUCUUCUACACCCUACCUGCCGGCCUAUAGACAGUCUUCUACACCUUACCUGCCGGCCUAUAGACAGUCUUCUACACCUUACCUGCCGGCCUAUAGACAGUCUUCUACACCCUACCUGCCGGCCUAUAAUCAGUCUUCUACACCUUACCUGCCGGCCUAUAGACAGUUUUCUAAAAAAUCCACCUUCUUACCUGGGUUCAACUGUCCCGCACGACGCCCGCUGCUUGAUAGCCUUUUUUAUUUUCUCAGUACUAUUUAUCUAAAGCCUGUUGAGUAGGGUAGUGCCGGUUGUGAAAAGGAAGCAGCCAUACCAGAAGCAAAAUAUAUAUAUAAGAGAUGCCCAAUCGGAUAUGUGAUCAGGUCAAAGUUCAUGCAUAAUGUAACAUGUUGGAAGCAACUAAUGCGAGCCAUUGACUGUCGAAAUUCAUUCCUUCUUAGUAGGAGUAUUGACAACGAAAGUAGAUAAAUUGUCCGAAAUAGAAUCUAACAAUUUAAAAAUUCCUUACUUAUCGUGUUGUGUGUGUGCGUGUGUUUGUGUCAUUUUAGGCGAAUAUUGCUGAACCCAGAUAACUUCCGGAACAAGAUUUACCCUUAUCACGUGGGGCUGUACUGCGGUGAAGACAAUUGUCUCCCCUCUCCUAACCAAGUCUUCAAGAACCCACUGUUUGACCCCGACCCCAGCAAGGACCAGAUCUACCGCUACAUCUACAGAACAGCCGGGGACAGGUUCUUCUUCUUCGACAGCUCUAAACAGCAAAACCUCAUCUAGGCAAGUGGUCACCUUUAUCACCUGAUCUGGUCACAUUUAACACCUUACCUGGUCACAUUCAACAUCUGAUCUGGUCACCUUAAACACUUGAACUGGUCACCUUUAACAUCUGAUCUGGUCACAUUUAAUACCUUACCUGGUCACCUUUAACAUCUGAUCUGGUCACAUUUAACAUCUGAUCUGGUCACCUUUAACACCUUGUCUGGCCACAUUAACACCUAGGCUAAUCCCCUUCAACAUCUGGAUUCGGAACCAUUAGCACUCGUAUUUCAUGGAGGGCAUGUCAUGUGGAUGCCAUGUGCCAUGUCGGGUGCAACCGUUAAUGUCUAGUGGCGUUUGUGGAGUAAGGAUGGCGCACCUACCCAGACACUGCUUCAAGAUCCACACCAAUGCUUCAAUACUUAUAUUUAUAAUCCCGAGUACAUGUGUAGUAGGUCAAUGCUGGUGUGUUGAUGUACCAGUCGAUCUACUUUGAGUUGUGCGCCGCCUCUCACGAAUUAAAAUUAGCCUAGAUUCACGUGACGACCUGGAGCCACAUUAGCCUAGAUGUCAUGUGACGACCUGGAGCCAUAUUAGCCUAGAUGUCAUGUAUUAUGGAAG